GCUGGAAGAAGAGCCAAUGAAAUCUCAAGGAGACUCAGAAGCAACAACGUUAAAUCAAAUCCAGAAGCUUCUUUCUAUAAAAGAGAAAGAGAGAGAGACCACGACGACAGAAGAUGACGAUGUUGAUUCGCUUUUCUUUGAUGCGUUUUGUGGAGGCUGCUUUAUUCGUAGCCCUCUUCCUCUUCGACGUUGGUCGCACCGAGGAGUGCACCAGAACCUGCAUUGCGCAGAAUUGCGACACACUUUCUAUACGAUAUGGCAAGUAUUGUGGGAUCGGACACUUUGGAUGUCCUGGUGAGGAACCUUGUGAUGAUCUUGAUGCUUGUUGUAUGGCUCAUGACAACUGCGUUGAUUCUAAAGGUAUGACUAACAUAAGCUGCCAUAAGAAGUUCAAGCAAUGCCUAAACAGGCUUAGCAAAUCGAUUAAACAGUCCAAAAACAAAAAAGUCGGCUUUUCCAAACAAUGCCCUUACUCACAAGUCAUACCAACUAUGAAUCAAGGAAUGGAUAUCGGCAUCAUGUUCAGUCAACUAGGCAAUGAUCUGAAAACCGAGCUCUGAGUUUUGCUGCUUCAUUUACUCUUGGCCUAAGAGGAGGCAUCACCAUUGAUCCUUUUAAUUUUAGAAGAUUCUUUGGUACUGAUGAGGAUUACCUGUAUAACUAUUGCCAUUGCACGUCGCUGCUAGAUUAGUAGCUUAAUUCAAAACACCUUUUGGAUGAUUUUAUGACAUGUUUUCUCGGAAACUAUAAGCAGCUGAUGUGACUUGC